GGUACCGCCUGGCCGCUAUGGAUCUAUUCGACUUUUUCAGGGACUGGGAGUUGGAGCAGCACUGGUGAGAAACACUGAAAGUCUGCUGGGUGCAAGCUCCAAUGAUGGAUGUAUGUAAGGAGUUGAGUGAGAGAUGGACUCAGAGCUGUUCCUCCAAGGCCUUGUGUCCUCUCAUGUUUUUGGAGGAUCACAAGGCAUUCUACCAAGACUCAGAUCAGCUGUGGCUCAAGCCUCUGCCUACUUCCAAGGUCUCCAGGACAACAUGGCAGAGCCUUGCCCCUAUGUGCAUUUAUGGAUAUUGCAUCUUUCACAAAUUGAAGGAAAGACCCUCUACCAGUAAAAAGAUUACAACUUGCUUUAUUGAGAAGCUUACUUUAUUGCGGUGGUCUGGAACAGAAAAUGCAGCAUCUCUGAGUCACUAUGAACAAGACCGUACUGCACUCAAAAAAAGGGAAUGGGAGCGGAGAAAUCAAGAAGUUCAGCAAGAAGAUGAUCUCUUUUCUUCAGGCUUUGAUCUUUUUGGGGAGCCCUACAAGGUAGCUGAAUAUACAAACAAAGGUGAUGCACUUGCCAACAGAGUCCAGAGCACACUGGGAAACUAUGAUGAAAUGAAGGAUUUGUUAACUAACCAUUCUAAUCAGAAUCAUCUAGUGGGAAUCCCAAAGAAUUCCAUACCCCAGACUCCCAUCAACAAAAAUGAACCAAGCUUUUUCCCAGAACAAAAGGACCGAAUGAUCCCACCUCACCAGGAUAAUACUCACCCCUCAGCACCAAUCCCUCCACCUUCUGUUGUGAUACUGAAUUCAACUCUAAUACAUAGCAACAGGAAAUCCAAACCUGACUGGCCACGAGAUAGCCAUAACACUAGCAUUGUACCAGCCAGCCAGGCCAGUAAUCAGCCAAACAAGAUGCAGCCAUCUAUACAGGACCAGCCCCAAGCUAGACUGGAAGACUUCUUUGUUUAUCCAGCUGAGCAGCCUCAAGUUGGAGCACUUGAGGAAUCAAACCCACCAGUAAAAGAAGACAGUUAUCUCAAGUCCAGUGGAGGUGAUACAUUCAAAGAAAUCUUUCAAACCAACUCACCAGAAGCAUCUGAAUUUACAGUGCAAGUGCCUGGGUCUCCCUUACUUGCCUCCUCUUUAUUGGCUCCUAGCGGUGGCCUUUCAGUUCAAAACUUCCCACCAGGGCUUUACUGUAAAACAAGCAUGGGGCAGCAAAAACCAACUGCGUAUGUCAGACCUAUGGAUGGCCAGGACCAGACACCAGAAGUCUCUCCAACACUGAAACCUUCAAUUGAAUUUGAGAACAGCUUUGGGAAUCUGGCAUUUGGAUCACUCUUGGAUGGAAAACCCAGCACAUCCAGUUCAAAGACUAAACUGCCAAAGUUCACGAUUCUCCAAACAAGUGAAGUGAGCCUUCCCAGUGAUCCAAGCUGUGUUGAAGAAAUCUUGCGGGAGAUGACACAUUCCUGGCCAACUCCUCUCACUGCCAUACAUACUCCUGGAAACUCUGAGCAGAACACAUUUUCCAUCCCAGGACAGGAAUCCCAACAUAUGACUUCAGGAUUCACCUUACAAAAGUGGAGCGACCCAACCAGCAGAGCUUCUACAAAGAUGCUUGAAGACGACCUGAAGCUGAGCAGUGAUGAAGAUGACCUUGAGCCUGUGAAGACCUUGACCACUCAGUGCACUGCCACUGAGCUCUACCAGGCAUUUCAAAAGGCAAAACCUAAGAAUAAUUCUGUGAACCCACUCUUGGCCAAGCCUCAGCCUCCACCUGCAGUGCAAGCCAGUGGUGGAUCCGGCAGCUCCAGUGACUCAGAGAGCAGCUCAGAGUCAGACUCGGACACUGAAAGCAGCACCACGGACAGCGAAUCCAGUGAGGUGCCUCGUGUGGCCACUCCAGAGCCUGAGCCUCCCUCAACCAACAAGUGGCAGUUGGAUAAGUGGCUUAACAAGGUGACAUCCCAGAACAAAUCAUUUAUUUGUGGCCAAAAUGAGACCCCCAUGGAGACGAUUUCUGUGCCUCAUCCAAUCAUCCAACCAAUGGAAGUCCAGGUCAAAGUAAAGACAACCCCCAGCCAGAUCCUGGCUGAACCCAAAGAGAGGCCUCUCCUCAGUCUCAUCAGGGAGAAAGCCCGUCCACGGCCCACCCAGAAAACUCUAGAAACAAAGGCUUUGAAGCAUAAGUUGUCAGAAACUAUUGAGACAGCUUCUCAAAGGACAAUUGGGAAAAAACAGCCCAAAAAGGUCGAGAAGAACACCAGCUUUGAUGAAUUUACCUGGCCCAAACCAAAUACUACCAGCAGCAUUCCCAAAGAAAAAGGAAGUGUGGAGCUUCCUGACCCACCAAGAAGCCGCAACAAAGCCACUGCCCACAAACCAAUCCCUAGGAAAGAACCAAGGCCUAACAUCCCAUUGGCUGCCGAGAAGAAGAAAUAUAGAGGGACUGGCAAAAUUGUGCCAAAAUCCCGGGAAUUCAUUGAAACAGAUUCAUCUACAUCUGAUUCUAACACAGAUCAGGAAGAAACCCUUCAGAUCAAAGUCCUGCCUCCUUGCACUGCUUCUGGGGGCAAUUUUGCCAAAUCCAAGGAAACCUGUGGUGCUGACCUGACCCUCAGCACCUUAAUCAGUGGCAGCAGCAAUAACAAUUUAUCCAUCAAUAAUGAUGAGCCAACUUUUUCACCCAUCCCUGGCAUGCAAACUGACCUUCCAUCCCCUCUAAGAGAGCAAGAGAAUCCAAAAAAUCUCUGGGUAAAGAUUGACCUUGACUUACUAUCUAGAGUACCUGGCCACAACUCACUCCAAGCAGCACCAGCCAAGCCAGAGCACAAGGAGACUUCUUCAAAACCCAAGCGUCAGAUUGCUGCUGCAGCUGUGGAAAAACUCACUCCUAAGGGCAAGAGGAAGCACAAGCCAACAGAAGUAGCAGAGAAAAUUCCUGAGAAGAAACAACGCCUGGAAGAGGCCACCACUAUCUGCUUGCUCCCCCCUUGUAUCUCACCAGCCCCACCCCACAAGCCUCCCUACACUAAAGAAAAUAAUUCAUCCAGGAGAGCAAUUAGAAGAAAAGAAGAAAAGCUGUUCCCUCCUUCACUUUCCCCACUGCCAGAGGACCCUCCACGCCGUAGAAACAUCAGUGGGAAUAAUGGUCCCUCUGGUCAAGACAAAAACAUCCCUAUGAUUGGACAGAUCACCUCUGCCAAACCUAAGAGGAAUGAAGGCAAAUUCUGUGCUACUUUCAAAGGGAUAUCUGUAAAUGAGGGAGACACUACAAAAAAGGCAACUUCUGCCACCGUUACUGUCACCAACGCUGCUAUUUCCACUGCCACUGCUACUGCCAUGGUCACCACCCCUGUCAUGGCCACUGCUACUGCCACGGCUACUACCACAAGCACUACCACUACCAUUUCCACCACCACCUCUACCAUCACUACUGGCCUAAUGGGUAGCAGUCACCUGGAGAUGACGUCCUGGGCAGCCCUGCCCCUUCUUUCCACCAGCACCACCUGUGUCCGGAGACCAAAGCUCACUUUUGAUGACUCUCUCCACAAUGCAGAUUAUUACAUGCAAGAGGCCAAGAAGCUGAAGCACAAAGCUGAUGCACUGUUUGAGAAAUUUGGCAAAGCUGUGAAUUAUGCCGAUGCAGCCCUGUCUUUCACUGAAUGUGGCAAUGCCAUGGAGCGUGACCCUCUGGAAGCUAAGUCUCCAUAUACCAUGUACUCUGAGACUGUGGAGCUCCUCAGGUAUGCAAUGAGGCUAAAGAACUUUGCAAGCCCCAUGGCUUCAGAUGGGGACAAAAAGUUGGCAGUAUUAUGCUACCGAUGUUUAUCACUUCUCUAUUUGCGGAUGUUUAAACUGAAGAAGGACCAUGCUAUGAAGUACUCCAGAUCCCUGAUGGAAUAUUUUAAGCAAAAUGCUUCAAAAGUCACUCAGAUACCAUCUUCAUGGGUAGGCAAUGGAAAGAACACUCCAUCCCCAGUGUCUCUCAACAACAUUUCUCCCAUCAAUGCAAUGGGGAAUUGUAACAAUGGCCCAGUCACCAUCCCCCAGCGCAUUCACCACAUGGCUGCCAGCCAUGUCAACAUCACUAGUAAUGUGUUACGGGGCUACGAACACUGGGACAUGGCUGACAAACUGACAAGACAGAAUAAAGAAUUCUUUGGCGAUCUGGACACAUUGAUGGGGCCUCUGACCCAACACAGCAGCAUGACCAAUCUUGUCCGCUAUGUUCGCCAGGGACUGUGUUGGCUGCGCAUCGAUGCCCAUUUGUUGUAGUGGGUGCUCCCCCCAUCGCCAGUAUUACCACCCAUCACUCUUCUACCUCUACCAGAUUACCAAUGGCUACUGGUAGAAAUCCACUCAUUUGGGAAAGUUCUCUUUAUGUUUGUUUUUGUGCUUCUCUUGAUAUCUGUGAAAAACAGAAAUCAUUGUAAGUGGACACUACAACUUGAGAACAGUGUAUGUUUUAUUACUUAGUCAUUUUUAGUAUUUUGUAUGCAUUUCUUAGAUUCCACCAUCCUUUUGUGCUGGAUGGAAUGACACAGUCCCUACAGUAUUGUUUUAAGUCCACACAACCCAAAACAAAGAAUGGAAAGUACUUGUGAUAAUAACAAGUUUCUGAGAAAUAUAUAUAUGACACGAAAGACCUACAAGUAUUCAAAUUUUCAGCAAUAGUCAUUCCCCAAAUUAUAUUCUUAUGUCCAGAAAAGAAUGUAUUUCAGAAUCCAUUUUAAACUUUUGUGGUUCCCACAGACUCAGUCUUCAGGUGAGAGUUUUCAUUGUCAAAAUCCACUAGUUAGAUGGUGUAGUAAUAUCAUAAAAUCAAGAGUAUUAAGAAAAUAAAUAAAUAUAGCAAUGCCACUCUUAAAAUGAUACUGUGGCACACCACCAUAGGACAUUUUUGUUAACAUCCCCUUACCUGAUUCCCUAUUUAAAAUUUUUUAAUUAUGAGAAGGAGUGGCAACAUUUACUUCAACAACUUUUAAGGCAUCAACUGGCAUAAAUAUUUUUUAACUCCAUGAUUUUAAGUGUAAAUUUUCACCUGGGAUUAUCUUUGUGUAAAGCUCUCCUCUUGAGGGGCAGUUUAGUGGAUGCACUCCCUAGCAGCCAAAGUGCUACACUCCAGUUUUAGAGAUGAGAGAGAGGAAGUCUGGUAAACUACCAAGGAAUUCAUACCUCUGCUUCUUUUGCAGCUGGUAAGCAGGUCCAUAACUGGCAAGAUAUUUUACUACGUUUUGCUCAAAUCUCUGGAAACAAAAGUCAAAUUAUCACUACCUAGAAGUAAUAAUAUAUAGUUUGCUUUCUAGGGGUUUUAAAAUAUGGACUUCCCCAAUUAUUGUCCCUAAUCUCUAUUUUACAGGGUUUCUUUCUUCUUUUUUCUAUUCUAUUUCUUUUCUUUUCCUUUUUUGGGGGCUCAUUAGAUUUUGACUGAAAUCCAAUCACUGAUUUUAUUUAAGUCUCUAUUAGUAUGAAUCAUUUCCAUUUAAACUUCAAAGAUAAGUUCAAACUUUCUUAGUAGAGCUAGCCUUUUAACAAAACAUUAUUCUUGGGGCAAUGCUUUAACCUACAUAAUUUUGAAAGAAUCCUGAAGUUUAGGGAUGGUUCACCUAAUUUGGACAUUUCCAGAUCAGCUGCAAUUAUCCCCACCCGUUAUGUUCGUUUUAUGGCCCUAAACAUUACAAAGCAAAUAUCAUCUUUGGUGUUCCAGCUCAUCAAAGAAUCCCCCACAUGUACUAGACACUAUCCAUACAUUAGUUCUUUAUAACUACCUGUCAGUAUAUAAUUCCUCAUAGCCUUUAAUUUGCUGAGUUAUUGAAUUCUGUUCACUGAGUUGUGACAAGUUAAAUAAUAGAUAUGUGCACAUGAAAGAUGUGAAGUUGUAUGGCUUUUAAACCAAGUCAUGCAAGUUUGUGAUUGAAACAGCAAAGGAUCACUCUGCACUCUUAUUGUCAAGGUUAGAUAUCUCCACAGUUGCAAAAGAGCCAGACUUAAGUUCUGCUCUCGUCAUCUUUGGGUUUAAGGUCCUUUGUUAUAUAAUAAUGUUGUGACAGUUUACUCCAAUGGCUGAGGCCACAUUGUUAAAAUGAUGUCUGGGAGUGUCCCAGCAUCUGAACCCAGAACUUUUUAUGCUCCCAGUGUGGUUGAGCCUUAUGUUCACAGUUUCAGCAACAACACUAACACAUGCAGACACACACACAGUUAAAUGAAACCUAAGAGAAUCUUUUCUGAGUCUCUUAAAUGAGGAAAAUAAUAAUAUGAAAGAGUCCAACCACCUAAGGUGGGUGUCACAUAUACAAAUUAAGCUGAUGGCUUUGCAUUGACUCAAGUUCUCUGUUUUUAAUAGCUUACCAGGUAGAGUGCCUGACUAUUACUAUACAGGGUAGGGCAAAAGUAGUUUUACAGUUGUUUGUAUGGAAAAUAAUACAAUAAAUAAUAAAUAAGAAUAAACUUUGUAUUUCACAUACAACUUUAACCUUAAUUUUGCCCUACGUGCAUAAUGAAGUCCACUGGCUUGACUUACAAGUUCAACCUAGACCACAUUCCUAGACCAUCACGGAUUUAGGAGCAGAUUCUUCUAGAAAUUAAACCUCCAGAAACUAGAUAUUAGAAUGCUAGAGACAGUUUCCCAUAAAAACAAUCAUAUUGACUCAUGGAUAUAAGAUUGUAGCUCCAGUUUCAGUGAGUUGCUAUGUCUACUUUACAUACAACAGGGAGGUAGCAGAGAAUCCUGCUGCCUGAUGUCACCUCUGGUGACUGAGUGUAGUGUGUGUCAAGUCAGCAGCACAAUUAUCAAAUCUGACAGUUGAGCUCAGGAUUACCACCAGAUUAUUUACUAUACCCAUUUGUAAAGCAGUUUAGAAACAAAUUAAACACGGAAGAUGAAUUGCCUUCCUGUCUCUGGAAAUGAGAUAUCUUUCACUUUCAGGAUUAAGCAUUGUUGCUGUUUUCUAGGCACUCUAUUCAUCACAUUGUAAACAAUAAUGUGUGUUGUAAGUGUGCAGGUAUUUGAGGGAUUGAGAUAGUUUGUCAAGUAAACCUCUUCAGUGUACCAGUUUGUGGACAGGAUGCAGGGCAUGUGGAUGGCAGUGAGAUAUCCUGCCUUGAGACCUUGCUGGAAGCUUGGUGAGACACAUCUCAAUAAGCACACGGAGGUAGGGUAAUGGACAGAACAAGCAGCUCCACCUGAGCAGUACAAAGAAGGAUCUCAGCCCUGCAAAGUGAUCCAGGUAGGGCCACCACUAUGGCUUCAUUUGUCACCCAAGCUCCAACCACAGAGAGUUUGACAAGUUUGUGUUAUGACGUUGGCUUGGCUUUGUAUGUUUAUUUAACUUUGGAUUUUUUAGUGGUUUUGUCACAUUAUUGUCUUAGUUUCAUAGGUAGGAUUGAUUUGAAAAGGUUAUAACUAGUAUGGUCCUCAGGAUAGAAUUUAGCCACAAGCAUGUUGUUAGCCAGCCUGUAGACUGUUAAUUAUUUAAUAACCUCAUUGGGAAAAUACUAGUAGUUUAUAUUUGGAUGAUAUAAUUGGAAAAGCAGAUUAGCUGCUGUUAAACUUUUGAAAGACUUGAGGUUGGGAUGCCUUUUUUCCAUAUAACGACAUAAAAAGAUUCAAAUCUUCAGUCAAUAACCAAGUUGCUAAAUUAAGAACCAUUUGCUAAAAUGUGUUUUGUUGAAUUUUCAAGUGAAUGGAUUUUCAUUUGGACAUUACAUUAUUAAAUGCAUUGGGUUGGAUCUACAUUGGAAAGAUACUUGUUUUAUUGUAUCUUUCCCAAAGGUUUUUAAUUCAUAUUUUCUUUUGUUUAAUGCAUCCCAGAGGUUGAAGUUGGGUUAUUAAGUUGGAAAGAAUUUUUUAAGGCAAAAUCAAUUUAGCUGUGAGGGUAAAACCCUCAUGUACUUGUCAACAGACAUGAUAAAAGUCAUCUGGAUGAGUUGGCAGGUGGAAGAACCAAACUGGAUCACUGGGUAGGACAACUCAGUAAGGCAAUGAACUUCUUGCUUAGAGAAGCAUCACCAUACCUAUUAAGGAAAUGUGUGGUGAGGUGAUAUAGCUACACAAUAUCAAAGUAAUGGGUUGAUUCAGUGCCCCUAAAUUCAAUUCUGUGGGGAAAAAUAUUGAGCCAGUUGUCACUGCUAUGUUAUGCAACUGGCAGACUAAAUUCUUCUUCUUCCUCCUCCUCUUCUUCUUCUUCUUGUUCUUGUUCUUGUUCUUCUCCUUCUCCCCCUUCUUCUCUUUCUCCUUCUUCUUCUGUUCUUUAUUGUUGUUGUAGUCUCUCAUUUCCACUUGCACAGCCUUGUUCUCAUAAUUAAACUCUGAUUCAUUUUCUCUUUGGUGUUAAUAAACUGCAACAAUAGAAAUGGCA